AGGUAAGGCGAAGUUGACGGAACUACUCCCUUCACCCUUAAAACUCGGGUCAGGAGCUACUGCACACGCCGGCGUCGCAGUCAUGGCUGACUCCCAGCUGGAAUGUAUGGACGACGGUCACAUAAACGACAAAAUCCCGGAGUCCAGGCCGGAGUUUUUAUAUAGCGAAGAGCAGCGCGUUGCCUUGGAGCUGCUACUGAAAGAAGGCGAUGGCGCCUUCAAAAUGCAACUGAAAACAGAAAAUACAAAAGAUUUUUUAUCUGCCCGGGAGAUUAAGUGGAUAAGGGAAACAGUGAAAGAAUAUCAAACAAACGAAGAGGAUGACGAGAAUUCUUCAGCAACACCUGAAAGUAAAGAGAGAGAGGGUUCCUCUUCUAGUUUACGUUCAACAUACUGGCCUCAGCUUUCGGACACUGAAAUACCGCCACUGGAUCUCGGCUGGCCGACAGGAGGUUUCUUUAAAGGUGUCACGCGUGUGGCAGUUUACACGCACCCACCAAAACAGAAUUCGCCUCACAUCAAGGAGGUGGUGCGCAAACUUAUUCAAGAGGCAAACAAGAUGGUCGCCAUAGUGAUGGACCUCCUCACUGACCUCCACAUCCUGCAGGACCUCCUGGACGCCGCCUCUAAGCGCGGCGUGGCUGUCUACAUCGUCCUGGACAUCCGAGGGUCGCCUCAUUUCCUGGACAUGGUCAACAGGCUGCAGGUCGGCCCUCUGCACCUCAAGCACCUCCGGGUGAGGACGGUGAGUGGAGCUGGGUUCCAGCUCUCCUUCGGGACGAUCCCUGGGAUUCUGUGCAGCAAGUACAUGCUGGUGGAUGGAGACAAGGUCAUGUUCGGCUCCUACAGCUUCUCCUGGAGCUCCUUCCGCAUGGACCGUAAUAUGAUCACCGUCAUGUCGGGCCAGGUGGUGGACUUCUUCGACAACGAUUUCCGCGAACUCUACGCCAUCUCCGAGAAGAUGGACCUCUACAAGGAGUUCCACAUCAGCCGUCCCGCUGCGCCGCCCAACCGCACCCCGUCCGUACCCAAGCGUCCGCCCGCCACCUCCCGGUUCCAGGUCAGCCUGGGCGACGCCAAGGGCGUCACCGAGGGCGAGAUGAAGGUGCCCGCGCACAAAUACUACAACCCCAAGUACCAGCUGGCGUUCGGGAGCAACCCGGGACCCACGGCCUCCCUCCAGGACGAGCCCGUUUUGCGAGGGCUGUCCAGCCAGGGGUUGGGAGGGGCGGCAGAGGCCCCCGAGGACAGGCAGUCGGUGCAGGCCAGCAGCGAGCGGCUGGACAAGCUCGGGCCACUGCCCUCGUCGCCGACGGGCAAGCCGGCGGGCAACAAGAAAAAAAGCUCGCUGAAAAACAUUUUCAAGAGGUCGAACAGUCAGAAAGGCGGUACAAGCAGCAAUCCGAGCUCCCCUACGGGUGGUGACAUGCCCAAUGGGAAGGUGGACAGCUUUGAGGACGUGUCUGGGGCAUUGAAGGGGAAAAACAAAAAACUGUCAAAAAUGGGCGCAAAGAGCCAAUCCUUAAUGACGAUCGACACGUCAGAUGAAAACGGGUCCAAAACCAGAAAAAAAUCACCCCGAUGUGCACAGUCUUAGAGGACAACGGACCUUUUAAAGGACAUGUUUUUUUUGUCAACUUCCAUUUUUAACAAACACUUCUUGAUGAAAGCACUUUUUACACUGUCAAACAUGUUUAUAUGUUGAGGAUCUGUUUACUCCAAUCUGUAGACUUUACAGAUGGACUGUUUCUUGCUGUGGAUCAUAUGACCUCUUCUUCAAACAUGUGGGCUCAUUAGAAAAUCAAGGGCUAAAGAAUGUACCCUCUGUUACAAGUCAAAGGGUCUCAGUGUUGGUGUAUCAUUCAGAUGUCUAUAAGAUGGGAUUGGUUUUUACCCUGAGCACGGGACUGGAUGUUGAUUAGAGUAAUAAUUAACUGGCUCACCACGUUGUGCGUAUCUUAUCUCAACAGGAUGUGUUGUCGGCUUCUUUGUAAUGUGAAAUGUCUUAAGUCCACUGACCUCAGGAUUGCCUUUGUGGCGACUCAUAAGCAAACCUUUCUAUGGGAAGACUGACCUCUAGUGGACGAUAAAGAGAACAAUAACAGAAAUUGGUAGAUCAGUCACUUGCAAGCAUACGCCUACAAGCAACACAUUUGCUCUCCUUCCUUCCUCUUCCACACACACACACACACACUCUCUCUCUGUCUCUCUCUCAGUUUUAUCUUCCUCUCUAUCGGAUUCCUCCCUGCCCCCCACCCCCUAUCUCGUCUAUGAGAGGGAGUCGUCCUCUGUGCAGGGUGUGUCAUUACAGUUUUAGCUUUCAGAGCGGAACCACUCACAUGUGAGCAACGCUGAAUCAGGAAGUGCAGAGCCUGCACAGGAAACAGAGGCACCCAGAGGAAACUAAAAGGUGUUAUUUGCCCACCAGUGACUGGAGCAGUUAGUUUCAAAUCAAUCCGUUGUCAACAUUACAAAUAUGUUUACCAUAGACAUAGUGGUUAAAAG